AUGCGAUCUUUUCUGGCUGUUUCUUUGGGAGCAUUUGCGCUGGCGCAAAAUUCCCUUGCCACUCCUUUUGACGAUUUUGAUGACAUUGCCCUGGAUGGCAUAGUCACGGAGGGUGCAAACGCCGAGUUUGCUCUCGAUGACUCUGCAAAUCUGGGCCCGGAUGAGACCGAGUACGGAGCGGAGCUUGAGGCUCGUGCUGCCACAACCACUCGUACUCCAUACCCGACCAGUUUCAGCUCCUUUCCCACCGAAAAUGCUGAGUAUGCUGCCAUGACCAGUUCCCAGCACAAGCAGUACUGCGCAACUGCAAAGAAAAAUUCCCCUCAAUACACGCGUGCUUGUAUUGAUGGCAUCUGGGAGUCUUUGUAUGGUCGUACUGCUGCCCCAGAGGACGAGUUCAUCGAAGCGACCGCUACAGAAGUCGUCCUGCCGGAGAUCACAGCGGCCCCGGAAAUGAGUCAGGACCACCAAUAUGCUGCAAGGGAUCGCCACUAUAUCAUCCCGUCUGAUCCCGAGAAAUCGAAAGCUUUCGUCGCGAGUCUUGAUGAUAAGUGCAAAAGCUCAAGCUCGGCCUACCAGUAUGUGUGCUCCGUCUGGGGCGUUCAGAAGUCGACCCUGGCCACUACCACUCAGCCACCUGUGAAGCGUGAGGAGCUGCCAACUGCCAUAGCGAAUGCCGUCGUCAGCAGCUCCGACGCAGCUGAUGUCGAGGACGCAGCAGCGGUCACAAAGAGUCCGCCCGGUGAGUACUCCCACUAUCGCAAUGUGUACGUCUCUUCGCUCUUCAGUAUCUGUCCUACCGCAACUGAGCUCGUUGUUCGAGCCAAGUGCAGCGAGAUCUCUUCAUGGUAUAUGUCAGCUGUUCAGAAUGGCAUGCCGGCCAUGACCCCUGCGCCCAUGCUGGAGAAGCGCGAUGUUGCUGUGGAUGCAGAUACAGAUAUCAGUGAGGCCACCCCCACCACCUUCGCGACCGUGACUCGUCUUCGGAUCUUUAAUAUUGAGGCGGAUGCGGAGGAUGAAGACGAGUACGAGUCCGAAUUCGAGAAGCGAGACGGUAUGCCUGGUGGUCAAGGCGGUCCUGGUGGACCUCGUAAGAAUUGGACUGGUAGACCUACCGGUGCUCCUACCGGUGUCGUUACCGAUGUUCCUGCUGGACCCACCGGCGGGCCUCAGGAGGGUAGUAAGUCAGGGGGUCGUCCCAACGGUGAUGCUCAGGGCGGCGCUCCAGGUGGUACCCAAGGUGGUACCCAUGGUGGUCCCCGCGGUGGCUCAGGCGGUGCUCAAGGUCGUCCUCGAAAUGGUCCUCAAGGCCCAGGUUCGGGCAAGCCAGCCGACGCGGCCGCAGAUCGGGCGGGCGGUAAAGGAGACGGAGCACGGGCCGGUAGGUCGCAGAAUCAGAAGCGCGGCGGCAUUUCCAAGGUUCUGGAGCGAAUCCUCACGGCUUUCAAGCUGGACAAACCGAAAUAA